UCCUGUAGGUUGAGUUCCAGGCGCUGGAGCGCCUAAAACCGAUUUUAAGCCACUACGGAAGUAUUCCAUGGCACAAACAGAUAAAAAGGUAAUAAAUAAAAUUUAAAUUAUCGACAUUUCUUUGACAUGUAUACAAAUACACGUCAUACGUCAAUUGGAAAAUAAAUGAUGCGAUGAGCGCUAGAUGGCACUGUAGAUUUUGCAACCAGUUCUAAAAUUUAAGGUUUCUCUAUCUGUGGCAAACAUUUUUUUUAAUGUGGUUAGAUAGCGCUUGUUACAUUGCCGCUGUUAGUAACGUCAAAUUUUAAAAAUUUGAAGCGGGAAUGGCAAAAGGUAAAAAAAGUAGCAGUACUAAGAAAAGCAAGAAAAGCAAAAAUAAUCAACGCGAAGCAUUAAAAGAGGGUGAAUGGGAAUUCGUAUUUCCCAACCAAGACAAAUACGAAGGACACUAUUCUGCUCAUGUCAGUGGAUUGGCUUGGAGGCAAGGUGCUGGUGUAUAUACAACCCAUGAUGGGCAAGUGUAUGAAAGUCAGUGGAAGGAUGAUAAACUAAAUGAAGCUGAAAACGUUAAAAUCACUUUUCCGGACAAAGAAGAAUACUGUGGAAUAAUCCAUAAAUACAAAUACGACGGUCCGGGAACAUACUCAUUUCCAAAUUCAAGUCGUUUAACAUGCAAUUUUAGCAACAAUAAACCUGUUGGGGAUGUAAUAUAUAUUGAUUGUUAUGAUGACCUCUGGUAUGGUAAAGCUGAGGAGGAAAGUGCAUUGCUUUCCAGAGAGCACGUGUUUUCAUCCGAGCUGGACAGUGAAAGAGGGAAAGGUAAACCAAAAUACAACGUAGAAGGAAACGAAGAGGAAGAAAUUGCUGAAAAAACCAGUGAAGAAGAAUCUGUCGAUAUGAAAGAACUCGAAAGAGUGAUUUUUGCUAAGAGCUUCCAAACUCCUUCUGGGGUUGACUUUGGGGAAUCUAAAUGGAUUAAAGAAUUUGAACAAUACGAACAAAGAAAGGAAACAAUUCUUAAAAAAUUAGGGUCUCGUAGCUCCGGUAAACUAACGGAAAACGAAAAGAUUUGGUAUCAACAAUAUUGUGAAAACAUGAAAUCCUUAAAAAAGGUUAAAAAACCGAAGGUCCAUCCACUUCUUUUGAAGCAACACUUUGAUGAAGAGGCGAAGAAUACUUGUCCUCCAGUCAGUGUAUUUUACGCAAGGCCGUAUGAAAUAGUUGAAGGAGAAGGAGAAGGAGAAGGAGAACUGUAUAAAAUGUUAACUGCUUAAAUGCGUAUUUCUCAUCACGCAGAUAGAUAUCUUAGUACAUAUAUCUAUUCAGAUGUUCUAACAAGUAGUACAAAUAUUACCAGAAGGUAAUAAUAAACUAUUCAGUAAUAUUUUUUUUUAAUUAGGAGAAAUUAAUUUGGCUGAUCUGCAUCGAAUGUCACUAAUCUUGAAACACCUGCAUUGAUAGUUAAGUCUGGCACCUAUAAACAUAUAUAUACAAUCAUGCACGCAAGACAUACCUACCUUAAAUGUCUUGUCUGAAAACGUCAAUUAAAAUUUCAACUUUUUCUUAUCUCUUUAUGAGAUGCGCGUGGUUAAAGUUAUUCUCUCGGAUUCUUUUUCGAGACACUAAGAUUUUAGACACAGAUAGAAUAAACUAUUUAAUAAUUAUUAUGUUGUUGAGUCUAUUAAUAUUUAGUUACACCAUUA